GUAUCGGUCACCUUGAGUUAACACAAAUAAUCUGAGCGCAUGAAUUUAGCGCUUACGAUGGGUCGGCGUCGAAUUUGCAUAAGUUGGUGACUCGUGCUGGAAAAAGAAACUAGUUGCAAUAGAUUUUUGACCUCCAUCUUACUCUUCCAACGGCGGAAUGGAUACUGCCUGCAUUGCGUCGGAGUUGCAGCUUCGGCAGAGGGGAAAAGGCGACAGCAAUGGGUCAGCCAGACUUGUUAGCGAGGAGAGUUCUGCAAGCUGCCCAAAGAUGAACGGUGUUGCAAGCGGCCCAGAGAUGAACGGUGUGAAAUCGCCAGUCUCUGUCGAUCAACACAGCUGUCACGUCAAUAAUAAAAGUAUUACUGAGGACCAUCAGGAAGAAGUAAUUUCACCCGAAGAAAUAAAUCGAGGUAUUCCGUCAAACACCGCAGUGCCCGUGUCCUCGAGGAUGCAAGAGUUACUGGAAGGCCUUAACGAGCCCGGCGACUGUGGCAACCCCAUAGAACCUCCUUCCUGGUUAGACAGACAGCUUUUCAACCGAGGGAGGGAGUUCUACUACCGUUAUUUAUUCUGCAUGAGUUUCUCGAAGUCGCUUCGACCCCUCAUGUACACCGGCCGCUCGGACUCCCCGCGGAAGGCUCUGCGGCGAUACUUCCAACACGUGACUGCCUGGCACGAGGGGGACGUCUGGGACCCCACCGACCGCGCCCACAAGGACCUGCUGUCGGUGCGAGCCAUACACAACAGGCUGUCGGGCGUCUUCAACUCUUCAAAGGAGCACCACAAAGUGUGGAACACAAACACCCACGACAAGGGCCACGAAGAGCCUGCUUGCCCCUUCUACCACACCAUCCGCGAGGACCUCAAGGAUCAGGCUGGGGAAGGGCUCUCGCUCGAGGGUCCAGACAACCCCCCCUUCUUCAUCAGUCAGUGGGACAUGAGUCUGACCCAGUACCAGUUCAUGGGCUUGGUGGUGGCCCAUCCGCGCAAGAUGGGUGCCGGAGCAGCCACGGACGAGGACCUGGAGGGCCUCGUCCACUUCUGGCGAGGACUUGGCUGGCUUCUCGGGAUAGAUGACAAAUACAACUUCUGCCGAGGCUCCUUGGCCGAAGUGCGCUCGCUGUGCCUGGAGGUUGAGAGACUAGUCGGCAUCCCAGCGCUGGCGAAGGUAGACUGGAAUUACGAGCACAUGACCUUCUCCCUCGUCACGGGGUUGAGCCACCUCAUGCACACACUCUCGUUCGAAGCUGGCUUUCGUUACGUGGCAUAUACUCUCGACCUCGACAUUCCAAACUUCAUCAGUCGCAUGUCCAUUCAGGGCACCAUCAAGUACUGGGUAAUGCGCUUUGCCAUCGGCCUCCUGUAUUACUUUCCUGGGCUGGUCGUCCGGUUCAGUCGAAUGCUGAGAGUGGUGACUGUUGCCUUUAAGAACCGCUAUGCCAAUGGCAUGAACAAGCAAGGGGGCAGCAAAACUGGUGAACUUUAUCCAGUAACAACUCCUUUCACCUACUGACAUGAUGUGGCUUCGCAGGGAUUAUUUUUUCUAGUCAAAGGUCUUUUCAUUCAUCAGUAUUCGUUCGUGAUUUAAUAUUUCUGAACCAGCGUAGAUCUUUAAUCUGAAACAACAUAAUCUCACAAUCUGAUUCUGAGGAUCAGGGUGCUCGUUAAACAUGUCUCUUACUGGAUAUUGCUCGAAUUAUGUACACUUUAAGUUCAUUCAUGAAUGCGCUGUAUAAUAUCAUGAUGUAUUUUCUGAAUACUAUGCACAUAUGUAAUGAUAAAAGUCAUAUAAAUGGAUUUUCACUUUCCUUGCUGUAUUACAAUUUGCAAUCCACAGAAAUGUUUUAAACGUAGUAAAGUAGAAUUGAUGUAAACAUACAUACAGAAGAGUCGCUGAUUAUCGGAAUAAUAAUUCUUGAAAGGAUUGUCUAGUUGGAUAUUUGGCAUCAGAGAAGGUUAUAGUAAAACAAAUCUAAGAAAUCUGUGAUAUCGCAAUAAAUGCUUAUCCUCUUCAUAGAGUGAAACUAAUGAUUCCCUAUAAUAAUGUCUUUCACGCUGCAAUGCUCGGUCAUGAAGUUGAGCAGCCACCUAAACAUUGUCGUUUGUCGUCUGUCAACUCAAUUUACAGUCAAUUUAUAUUUGAUUCAAGGUAACAGCAAUGCAUGGAAAAUAAAGAAUAUACUAGACAAUUGAAAUUCCCCGGUAUUUAAUAUGAAAAAGGCAUG